AUUCUGCAGCUGCAGGGGCUCGAGGUCACACGAGGGGAGGGAAGACGCGGAGUGCCCGCGGGUGGACCUCAAAGUGACGCAGGGGAGGUGUAGAGCGCGAAUACACUGCCAUCGAGCGAAGGAAUAUCGGUCGGUGACCGCCAGGGCUCCUCGGUCCCUGCACUUCUCCCCGGGAUUACGUCAUACGCGCCUUCCCGACACAUGCGUCGACCGCGAUCGACCGGUUUCCACACAGGAAGGCACGGCACCCUAAGAGAAGGCGUCCUUCGGCAGUUGCUGACUAGGUCCUCUUUCCUUCAUCAGACCCUCAUGGAUUUGAGUGAAUCCGGCGCAAGACCUUCCAAGUGCAGCCGCUUACAAGUGGACAAAUCAGAUUCACGUUCUUCUAUGAUGCUCAUGAAUUUUGUGGAAGAGGUGAAGAGAAAGAAGCCGAAAAAUUACCGGUUCCAUUAUGAAUGGGAAAGCGAAUUCCUGUUCACCAUGUCUGGUGGUAAAUGCACGUGUCUCAUUUGCCAUGCGACGGUCGCCAUCAGCAAGAAAAGCAAUCUCAGAAGGCACUUCACUACAAUGCACAAGCAGUUCAUAGCUCAAUACCCAGAAAAUUCAUCUGCUCGAGCUAUGAAGGUAGUGGAGCCAGUCGCCUUCCGUCAUCCGCUCAUGGAUACUGCGUUCUAG